CGAGUCGGCUACUCCUUCGCGCUGAGCUUCUUUCCUCUCUGCAUCUUCGUUUCGUGUCCUACAUUACACAAGCACUUACACAACCGAAAGAAAUUACUUCUUGACGCGGUCAUUCAGGUACGCUUUCCUCUCAGGUUAGAUGAGCAUCGCACCUACUUCUUAUUACAUGAGUACCUACCUCAUUGUGUUUCUGUCCACCGAUAAUCAAAAACCUGCCCCUCCCUUAUUCUAAUUCCUUAUUCCCUCUUCCUCCCAAAAUAAUUCCUCUCUUCAACGCCCACAACAUUUUCCCACAUCAAAAACCCAGGAACACAAUAAUCUUCCAUAAUCAUUACAACUGAAACCAAUCAGUCUCAGUCUUUCAACGUCCCACGUUUGGAAUCGCCCAAGAUGAAGACCUCUGCGAUCUUGGUCAGUAUUGGCGCGGCUAUGGCUGCAGCCCAGGAAAUCACCUAUCCUUCGGGUUUUCCUGACUGCGGUAAAACCUGUAUCAACAACAUGUUGAACCAGGCUUCUGAACUCGGUUGCACCGACGUCGCACCAUCGUGCCUCUGCACCAAGCAGAACUUCAUAUACGGAGUUAGAGACUGCGCUACGGAGUCGUGCCAAGACCAAUCCCUCGCUCAGCAGGUCAUCCAAUACGGUAGCCAAUACUGCGCUAGUGUCGGUGUUGACGUAUCUGGUAUUCCUACUGCUACAGGAACAAACCCGACUGCUUCCACCACUGUUUUGGCAACCGCUUCUCCAACCAACAACCCUGUAGUUGGUACUCAAGAAUCGAACAGUAAUGGUGCCACUGGAUCUAUUCCUAUCUCGACUGCAACCUUCGAGACUUCGUUCACCGCUAGUGGUAGCGCCAUCGAGUCCACUGUCACUAGUACCAUCUUCUCAGGUGAAGCUUCGGCAUCAGGCACGGCUGCUUCUGGAUCCGAGUCUGGAUCUGGCACAGCAAGCGUGAUUGAAUCUACGAUCACAACGAACGGUUCAACAUUGGUGACUAGUAGCACGGAAGCCGCAAGCAGCAAGACUUCGGAGAGUGGUAGCAGUGAAUCACAUACCGGUUCAAGCAGCGAGUCUCAUUCGUCCACAUCAAACCCUGCUGCUCAGCGCACCGCAGCACCAGCUGGCUUCAUUGCUGCCGCUGGUUUGGCUGCUCUCAUGCUGUAGGCGGCUUGAUGAGUCUUUGACUAGGCUGGGCGGAGUCUCGGUCCGCAGGGAGCAGUGCAUUUAAUGUUAAGGGGGAUCAAGUCACAUAAUGCUAUUGGUCAGUUCGUGCAUGGAUGGUUCACGAUGACAAGGAUUCUUCUCUUCACUUGACGAUGCGACGACUUUGAGAUUGCAUGUGGUUCUUUUACGAUGUAUAAAUGAUUGACGGUCCUCACAGGACCACUAAUACCUGUUCAGAGAUACCCACCGCCAAGUAGAUGGCAUCAAGGCAUCAGGCAGUGGAGUUGGUCUUCUUACUUUCAUCAAAGAAACUAAUU